ACAUUUUAUGUUCUGAAAGAUUUUGAGUGAGAACGUGGGGGGACUAGACUGCAGCUCCUCCCUCAGAGGACAAACACCUCCCUCCUGCUUUUGUUCACUCCCAUCCGGGAGGUUAUAUUUGCCUCAGAGAGCUCAACAGUUCACUUCAGAUAGCCAAGGCUGCAGUGCAAAGUGUUUGAAGGUGUGACUGUAUCUGAAUGAGGACAUUUCUGUACCUCUUAAUUGGGCUUUAUCUUGCAUUUGACCAACGCUUGGUUUGCUACCUUUAUCAGCUUGUGCAUCUUCAGCAGCCUCAUCUUAGGAGCAGUAUUGGACACUUUUUGCCCAUUUCAAGUGGGAUUCGGAAAAGCGUGAUCAAAAUGAAUUUUGAUGAAAUCCUCAGGCUUAUUGGAGGCUUUGGGAAAUUCCAGAAGGCGUUGUAUGUAUGGAUCUGUCUACCUCAGAUCUUUCUUGCAUUCCACAUGCUGGUUUCAGUCUUCACCGGGGCUGUUCCUCCUCAUUUAUGCCGCCCAACCUGGCCCUCAACAGGUAAGCCAGCCACUUUGAACUUCAGCCUUCUGACACUACCUGAUGGCCAGUCUGAGUUGUCAUGCAGUGACCCCUUGAACCACAGCGAUGCUGUAACUCUUGGUGAUGGGCAUCCUCGUGGGAGCUGCCAGGGACGCUGGGAGUACAGCAACAACACUUUCAAAAGCACCGUAGUAACUGAGUGGGAUCUGGUGUGUGACAGUGCUAGCCUGAACAACAUUGGCUCCUCCGUCUACAUGUUUGGUCUCCUUGUUGGUGCUGUGUUGUUUGGGAGCUUAGCUGAUAAGUAUGGUCGCAGGAUCAUCAUCCUCAUCAACCUGGCCACCCAGGCAAUAUUUGGGGUUGCUGCAGCUUUCGCGCCAAAUUUUUACAUAUACACUGCCCUUCGAUUUCUAGUUGGAACAUCCAUCUCUGGAGUUAUCAUGAAUGCGUUUGUUCUAGGCACAGAAUGGACAGGACCGAAGGAGCGAAUGCUGGCUGGUAUAAUAACUGACUAUUUCUUUGGUUUUGGCUACAUUCUGCUGGCCGGGUUGGCAUAUCUCAUAAGAGACUGGCGAAAACUGCAGCUGGCCAUUUCAGCUCCUGGCUUCCUCUUCAUCUUCUACAUCUGGGUGUUGCCAAAGUCAGCUCGCUGGUUAAUGGCCAAUGACAGGGAAGAGGAAGCAUGGGAGCUGAUCCGGAAAGCAGCACAGAUGAAUGGGAAGCCCCUCACCAAAGAUCACGAAAUGUGUCCGGUACAGGUGCAACAAGUCUAUAAAACUGAAGAGACAACAAAGGUGAAGAAAACAUACUCAUGCAUAGAUCUUGUUCGAACCCCAAAAAUGAGGAAGCAGUCAUUGAUUGUUUUUUAUCUCUGGUUCGUCAACGUGCUGGUGUACUACGGCCUGUCCCUCAACAUCUCUGACUUUGGGAUGAACAUCUAUCUGACCCAGCUUAUCUUCGGCCUGGUGGAGAUGCCUGCACGCACCAUCACCCUGUUCACCCUCAACCGCUCUCGCAAGAUCUCCCAACUAGCUUUCCUAGCUGUGGGAGGCACAGCCUGCCUGCUGACCAUCUUCAUCCCCAGUGAACUAUCUGUUAUCAAAACAGUCCUGGCCAUGAUUGGGAAGUUUGGAAUCACAGCUUCUCUGUCCAUUAUUUAUGUCUACUCAGCGGAGGUGUUCCCCACUGUGAUCAGACAGAACGGGAUCGGCCUUGGCUCCAUGUGUGCUCGCAGUGGAGGAGUCUUGGCUCCCAUGAUGUACCUGCUGAGAAACAUCAGUCCUCAUGCUCCCAUGUUGCUUUGUGGUCUCUGCCCUCUGCUGGGCUCUGCCCUCACCCUGCUGCUGCCUGAGACCGCCAAUAAGCCCCUACCUGACACUAUAGAAGAUAUAGAGGGAACCAACCACAGUGAAGAGGACGGCGGAAUGAAGCCUGUCAUCUUUGACGCAUCUACGAAGAACAUGAACACCGGCAGCAUCAGUAUGAGCUGCUACGUGGGCAGCUGUAGCUGAGGGGUAGAGCGGUUGUCCUCCAAUCUGAAGGUCGGCAGUUUCAAUCCCCAGUCUUCCCCAUCUGCAUGCAGAAGUGUCCUUGGGCAAGAUGCUGAACCGAACUGCCCCCAUAGAACAACAAAGUGCUGCUGAUAGAUGCACGGUAUGAAUGGGUGUGUGAAUGGGUGUAUGUAAAACUUUAUGUAAAGAGCUUUGAUUGGUCAUCAUCAGACUAGAAAAACGCUAUAUAAAUACAAAUCCAUUACAUCCCAUGAGGCAGUCAGUGUUUUUCAGUACUGUUUGUGGUUUUGUGCUGACUGAGCAUUUCGUGUACAUUAUGUGUCUCAAAGCUUUUUUGCUGGACGCAGCUUCCUGCAGCAACUGGAUAGAGAUUGGUGAGCAAAAACACCUGAUACAACUGAUAUAACUUUUGCUGCAUUGUGAUUUGGAUUUGUCAAUCACAUGAAUGCAAGCACUAAAGCCUCUUCCUCCAACUCAACUGCCUGGACCCUGGUGCAUCCCUGCUGUUGUUUUACCCCCGAACAAAUCUCACUAAUCCUCAGUGUUGGACUUCUGAAAAGGAGAAAUCUACAGGUUUCAACACAUACCUGCAUUGCUUUAGGUCUGUACAGCGGCAGCACAUUCAUGAUUCUUGAGUUGUUUCUCUAUUCAGUCUCAGCUUGGUUGUAUUUUGAAAGCUGUAGCUUUAUCAGUACUACAUGUACAGUAAGUUUGCAUCCCUCUCCGUGCAGUCAGUUACUCCUCCUCUCUUACGCAAACACACUCCCCACUAUGAUAUGCACAGGAAGAAGAAUUGUGUAUUUGUCUUGUUCAUCUAUGUAAGAGACCACAAACUCUCACCAGCAUGGGGGUUAGUAUUAUUGAUUUCUGUAUGCUUUUGUUUAUUUUUACUUGUAUAUUUCUGUCAUUUAAAAUGUAUGUACAAUGUUAUGGAGAUCUGGAAAUACAAGAGGUUGAAACACCA